UAUGAGGAUGACUUGGACAGUGUCACGUCAUGGAUUGAUGAGACGGAGAAUAGAUUGAAGAUGGAAGCUGAGCUGAAGAUUGAUCUGUUAGACACAGCAGGACAGCUAUCUAAGGCAGAGGCUGAGCACAGUCUUAUAGAAGAGAACAAGCGUUCAGUGGACCAGUUGCUAGAGAGAUCCAACAUUGUACUACAACAUCAUGCUGAGCCUAAGGUCUCCACUACUGUUGUAGAACAAUCUACCAGAUACCAGGCCCUAUUGGCUGCAUCUAAGCGCACAAAAUCUAGAUUCUCUCAGUUCCAAAAGGACC